GCGCCGGGCGAUCCGAGACUGCGGGCGGCCCGUCCAGUUGCAAGGAGGUGAUGGCAGCGGCCGGGCAGGGCGACGAAGGCUCCCCGCAGCCCUGAGCUCCGCCGCCGCCGCCGCCGACUUUCGCUCCGCCGGCGCUUGCCGAGGGCUCCGCACCUUGCCCGAUCGGCUCUCCUCCGCCCAGCAGCCCAUGCCCCAACCUCAGCUUUAGCAGCCGGGCGGGCGGGCAGGAGGAGCCACCCGGAGCCUCUGCCGGGAUCAUGGUCUGAGCCGGGGGCGGGCGCCAGAAGAUGAGCGGCACAGAUUUCACAAAACCACCACUAGCACCAAAACCAAAGAUUCUCAGUCAUCUUGCUUCUAAACUUCCUCCAUCACUGUCAAGGUCUGGGACGCUUCACAAUUCAAACUCUAUGUCUAGGGGUCCAAAACCACCCAUUGCACCCAAACCAAAAAUCUCCACUGACAAUGUUCCAGUGAUUAUACAGAGAUCCAGUAUUUGUGCCAACAACAAUUUUAACAAAUGUGCCAAUGGACAGCUGUGUGAAGGAAAUCAGAGCAACACUGAGUGCUCGGAGUCAGAACUAGAAACUGAGGAUGAAUAUAUUGUAAUUUCUGAAGCUGAAUUGACAGAUAAAGAGUAUAAUGACUCUGAACAACCACAGGAACCAGAGAAUGUUGUCUUAUGCUCUCCAGGAGCAUUAGCAGGUAAGGCAGAGGAUAACUACACUGAAAAUGAGAUCUGUGAUCUUGAAAUAAAUGAACUAAAGAACAAUGAUUCUUCAUGUAACACUGAAGCAGCAGACAGGGGCUCAUGUGAAUCAACUGACACCCACUCUCCUGACAGCCCUGAAGAAACAAAAGAGAAUGCUGGGUAUGAUGAUGUAGACUGUGAAACUGAUCCCGGUAUAACCAAAAUGUACUGUGCAGAUGGGGCUGAUGAAACACUCAGAGAACUGGAUCUGAUAAAGGACAAUAAUGAGUAUAAUAUGGAUAAUAAAAUUUUGAAUGGAGGUGCAAUUUUCAAGGACUCUAUAUGUGAAGUUAUUAUCUUAAGACAUUUAGAGGAGCCAACACCCCCUUCAGAGGACCUGCUUCCAAUCUGUGAGGGCCCAGGAGAGGAAGAUUCACUCCAGGCUUUGGAAGAUGAGCAACCCAGCGCUGACACAGACAUGGGUGCAACACAUAACAAUGGAGAUGAAUCAACCUUGGACAUAGAGUCGGAGCUUGUAGAGGGUGAUUGUGAAAGUCCCAGUAUUCUUCUUGAUGAUUCUGAAGAAGUAGGCAUUGGACUAGACCUUAACGAACCUGAAUCCAAUACAGAAGCAACAUUGAGUGGGACAGCUAAUGAAACUGAUGCUGGAAAAGAGGAGGAAAUCGAUCUAGAUGCUACAUGUGAAACAACCAUAGAACUGGAAGAACAUAUAGAUGAUGGCUACCAAACCACUGAAAUUAAGAGUGAAGAGGAAACAUCAGAGAUAGUGUGUGAUACCAAAGAAGACCCUGAGGAACAAAAUGAUAAUGUCCUAGAGGCAGAAACCAUAGAUGACAACUGCCAGAUUAUUCCCUUCGAAAAGGAAUGCAGUGAAGAUGACCCUGACUCUCCUGAAAAAGAUUUGCCAUUAGAAGAGACUGAAAUGUCUAGUGACAAUCAGUCCUUUGCUCUUCAGGAUGUUAGCAGACUGGAAUGUAAGUCACAGCUAGCGGAAGAAUGUAAGGUAGAUGUUUUCCUUGGAGAUUGCAGUGAAAAUGCUUUGGAAGAUCCAGAAUCACAUAACCAUAUGACUGAGGCAGAGCAUGGUGAUGAUGGAGAAACUGCCCUGGAUACACCCAAUAAAACUUCAGUUGAUAAUACAUGUCGUGCCUCAGAAGAACUGAAUGAAUGCCAUUAUAGCAACAGUCAGAUAAAUGCAAUCUGUGAAUAUGUGCUUGAUGCUGCUGCAGUAGUUCCUGAAGUGGUGGUGGCUUCUGAUAAAGAUGAUGGAGAAACAGCCAAUGACUCGUCCCUAGAUAACCCCUAUGUAUUGGGAGAUAGCCUUCCUUCAUUUGUUGGAAAAGUAGUGGGGGAGGCGGAUGUUCAAAAGGAGGGAGGGAGUAUGGAUGGUGAAAACCACUUGCUCUCCAUUGACCGGAAAAGCAUCGUUACUAGAACAAGGUCCCUUUCUGGGAAGGUACCUGGAUAUGUGCCGGAAACAGUUCCAGAAGAAACAGGCCCAGAUGCUGAUUUGCAGCCAUUAAGCACAACUCCCAUGGUGGCUGAAGACUUAAGCCAUAACUUCUCUUUGUUGGAUGGCAAGCCUAUGGAACUGAAUAGGGCAUUACCUGCAAAGCCAAGACGCUUUAUUUUAUACCCUCGGUCUUUUUCAGUAGAAGGUAAAGACAUCCCAGUCUCUGUUUACAGAGAAUCUGAUACCUCUAUAAUGGAUUACAAUAGAAUAAACAGGAUGGAAGACCUCUCUUUGCCUUGUGUAAUUGCUUCAUCAGGUAGCUUUUCCCAGAGAAAUCAUCUUCCAUCCAGUGGGGUGUCCACCCCAUCCUCAGUUGUGGAUAUACCACCUCCUUUUGAACUAGCCUGCAUUACCAAAAAGCCAAUUACUAAAAGUUCACCUUCACUUUUAAUAGAGAAUGAAUCCCCUGAUAAAUACUGCAAGAAAAAGAAAUCCUCUUUUAAAAAGUUCCUCACCCUGAAGUUCAAAAAGAAGACUGAAAAUAAAGUUCAUGUGGAUGUUCAUCUUUCUUCUUCAAGAUCUUCCUCAGAAUCUAGUUAUCAUGGACCUUCCAGGGUCAUGGAAUUGGACAGGAGGAGUUUGAGUAGUUCACCUCAGCUGAAAUCACGUACGGGCAAGCUGAGGGCCUCUGAGUCUCCAACUGUUUUUUUCUAUAAGGAUGGCAAGAGAAAAGGGACACCCAAAACCUUUAGUAGGAGUGUAUCACGGGUGGAGUCUUUUGAGGAUCGUUCAAGACCACCUUUCAUGCCCCUUCCAUUAACUAAGCCUAGGUCUAUAUCAUUUCCUAAUGCUGAUACUUCUGACUAUGAGAAUAUUCCAGCAAUGAACUCUGAUUAUGAAAAUAUACAAAUUCCUCCGCGAAGGCCCACCAGGGCAGGAACUUUUACUGAGUUUUUUGAAGAUCCUAGCAGGGCGUUAUCUGCUGCUAACGAGAACGAUGGCUAUGUGGAUAUGAGCAGUUUUACAGCUUUUGAGAACAACAAACAGCAACCUACUAACCAGGAAACAGAAAGUGCCUACACAGAGCCUUACAAAGUGUGCCCUAUCUCAGUGAUUCCCAUUGAAGAUGUCACGUCAGAUGAGGAACUUAGAAGUUCUGGAGAUGAAGACAGUAACCAAGGAGAUUCCAGUCUCGUCCACAAGAAAGAAGGACAAUCCAGAGCUCACCUAAUUGCCCAGGAACUUGUGUCUUCAGAGAAAGUAUAUGUGGAGAUGCUCCAGCAGUUACAUAUGGAUUUCUAUGAAGCUGUCUUAAGAGUGCUGGGACAUAAAGAUGACAAUGACCUUGAAGACAUCAAGCUCAAGGAGGGGUUGAGUGAACUCCCAGAGAUCUACAAACUGCACCAAGAAAUACUAGGGGAGAUGGAAGAAAAAGUCGUCAACUGGGAAGAACACCAGAAAGUGGCUGAUGCUUUCCUCACUAGGGAAUCCAGGUUUAGCCACCACACAGCUUACAUUAUGCAGUUUGAUAGAAAUUUGGCUUUGCUGGAUGAAGCCUGUCUUAAAUCUUCCCAGCUGGAUGCUGUCAUUCGGGAGUUUGAGCAGAUUCAUGAUGGCAGUGCCUUGAAUGUGAAACAUCAGCUUCUGAAAGUGGUGCAGCGCAUAUUCCAGUACCAUAUGCUUCUCACAGAUUACUUGAAUAAUCUUUGCCCUGAUUCUGCUGAGUAUGAAGACACACAAGCUGCCUUGCUCCUUAUCUCUGAAGUUGCAGAUCGAGCCAAUGAUAGUAUGCAACAAGGGGAAAAUUUGCAGAAGUUGGUGCAUAUAGAACACAGUGUCAAGGGGCAGAGCAACCUCCUCCAGCCAGGAAGGGUGUUUCUUAAAGAAGGAACGCUAAUGAAAGUGUCCGGAAAAAACAGGCACCCUCGACACUUGUUCUUGAUGAAUGAUGUCCUGCUAUAUACAUAUCCCCAGAAGGAUGGCAAGUAUCGGUUGAAGAACACCUUGACUGUAUCUGGCAUGAGGGUCAGCCGUGUAGUGACAGAGAAGGCCCAGAAUGUCCUGAAGAUUGAAUAUGCUGAAAAUUGCCUAACUCUAUCAGCAAGCUCGUGCUCCGAAAGGGAUGAGUGGUACAGCUGCAUCAGCAGAAGCAUCCCAGAUGACUACAGGGCUCAUAGCGCAGCCACUUUUCACAACAGCGUGGAACUUAGGGAAAGACUGGGAAUGUCCUUGGGUGAGAGACCCCCAACCUUGGUGCCUGUGUCUCAUGUCAUGAUGUGCAUGAAUUGUGGCUGUGACUUCAAGCUCACGUUGAGGCGCCAUCAUUGCCAUGCAUGUGGGAAGAUUGUGUGCCGAAAUUGUUCAAGAAACAAGUACGCUCUGAAGUACCUCAAAGACCGACUAGCAAAAGUUUGUGAUGGCUGCUAUGCAGAACUGAAGAGGAGGGAGCGGCCAAUGAGUGUGAGCUUCCCUACCAGUUCAUCCAGGUUUUCAGGCAGUGCCUUCUCUUCUGUCUUCCAUAAUAUCCACUACUCAUCCUUCAAAAGACAAAAGAAAAUUCCUUCAGCUCUUUUGGAGGUGUCAGCCUCUGGAGAGGGCUCUUCUAUCAGUGGCUAUCUCAGUAGAUGCAAGAGGGGUAAAAGGCACUGGAAAAAACUAUGGUUCGUCAUCAAAGGCAAAGUGCUCUACACCUAUACAGCAAAUGAGGAUAAAGUCGCCACAGAGAGUUUGCCUUUGCUGGGUUUCACAAUUGUCCCAGAAAAGGAAGACAGAAAUAUGGAUGCAGUUUUCCAUCUUUACCACAAGCAAACUCUGUUUUAUAGCUUCCGAGCAGAAGAUAACAAUUCCGCACAGAGAUGGAUUGAAGCCAUGGAGGAAGCAUCUGUAUUAUAGCAGUUAUCAUCCGAGUGGACUUUAAAUGAAUGCCUUUAUAUUUGCAGCAAAACUCCCUCUAUUGGAAGAAACAAUGUAUACUCCAACCUGAAUAGAAUUUGUCUAAGACUGUUUUUUGUCCUUCCUAACUCCAACUUGCUUCCCUACAAGUGGAGAUUUUAAAAAUAAGGAGUAUUUAUGGCCCUUUUUCUAUCUGUGCAAUGUCAUCCUUCGCUAUAUACUCCAGUAUAAUACAGUUGCAUCCUAUUUUCAAGAUGUAGAAUGUAUGACUCUUUCUGAACUUACAAAAACUCACUUGUUGCAUCCAACUGAGUUCCACUUACCUGUUACCAGUACCAUCAACUUCAGUUUGUUUUUGGGCCAGCCAUGAAAGCGCAAUACAACAUCAUACAUUUUAUUAAAACUCAGCUUAUUUUCUUCUCUAAAGAACUCAGAACUGACAUACUACCAGUCCCUUUACCGUGCCAGCGUGAAUAGCAGUGUGCUUAUUGGGACUGCUGCCACAGAAAAGGUGUGAACACCUUCAGCCCACCAGGGUUUGGCAGCAAAACCCCAGAACAGUAAUGCAGCACUAACUUAUUGAAUUGAUGGUAAGAGUUUUCAUUCUUACUAGUGUGUCAAUAGCGCACGGCAAACCUGAACCCAACUGAAGAUCACAUCAGUCUCCAGUCCAAAGGAUGUUAAUUUAUUGUAAGCCUUUACCUAGUUUGUUUGUUUUACCUAGUAGCAUUAAACUAUUUUAAUACCUGA